AGAGCCCGUACUUCACGCGAGAGUGCAGUCGGGCUAGCCUUCGACGUGGUGAAAGCAAGCGGUUGUCAUCUAGAAAUUCCCCCACAAAUUCGGCAGCACCUAGAGGCGGUACAGAAGAGUUAAACAUGGCAGGAGACGAGAAGCAAGUACGCAAGAGAAACGUCGAGAAGUCCGACGCAAAAAACGGCAAGAAAUCCAAAGUGUCCAAUGGUACUAAGAAGGAGACCAAGAAUGAAAAGCCGUCAGCCUUCCUGGUGUGGAUGUUGGUGGUGGCAGUAGUAGCCGUGUGGGGGACUGUUGUGGUGGUCAAACUGGAACUGGUCGACUACAAGGGCAUUAUUGCCAGAAUAACAGAGCGUGGUUUGGAGCCUGACAUCUCGUACGGUGAACCACCGGUGGCAGAGAAACUGCCCGAGGAGGAACUCAAGAAAGCAGAAGAAAGCAUACCUGAAGCCAAGAAGGAAGCCAAGAAAGUCAAGAUAAAACUACCGCAAACUAAGGAAGAGAAACCUGCAAAGACGGAACCGUCUAAGAAAGAAGAAGCUCCUAAGAAGGAACCACCCGCUCCGAAAGAAGUAAAGAAAGAAAAAGAAGUUCCCAAGAAGACGACCACUCCUAAAGAAGAGACCGCUGCCAAGGAGGUAAAGGAAGAAAAGCCUGCUCCAAAGGAGAAACCAGCUCCAAAAGAGGCCGAACCUCCUACGAAGAAAGAAAAACCUGCUCCCAAAGAACCAAAAGAAGCUGCGAAACCAGCACCCAAGGAGGAAAAACCUCCAACCAAAGAGGAGAAAGCUGCACCUAAAGAAGUGAAAGAGAAGGCACCAACUGAAGAAAAACCUCCUAAACCGUCUCCUAAAGAACCAAAAGAGAAACCUGCCCAAAAAGCUACUGUCAAAGAAGAAAAACCUCCCGCGAAGGAAAAACCAGCCGCCAAAGAGGUGAAGGAAAAGCCAACCGCUAUACCUGCUGUGAAAGCAGCGGAACCACAAGUGAAGAAAAAGCUGGAGAAACCCGCAAAAGAACCUGCUGCCAAGAAAGAAGAUGCCAAACCACCAAAAAAGGUGGAAGCAAAACCUUCAGCUAAACCUGAAGCCCCAAAAAUUGUAAAAACUGAAAAGGCUGCAAAGCCUGCUCCAGAGAAGAAAAUCGCGAAACCAGAAGCGAAGAAACCCGUCGAGGUAGCAAAAAGACCGCCGCGCGCAAAGCAUGUCCCGCUGAAAAGGAUUCCACCCGUAGAAAAGAAGGUAGAAGCACCGAAAGAGAAACCUAAAGUUGAAGAAAAACCCGUUGAGGCAAAACCAGCGAAACAUAGACAUGUUCCGCUGAAGAGAAUAGAACCAACAACACCCGAAAAAGUCGCAGAAAAGCCGAAAGCUGUGAAAGAACCACCGAAGAAAGAAGAAGUUAAGGCCGCAAAAGAAGAACCCACAAAACCAUCAAAGCACAGGCAUGUGCCGCUGAAGAGAAUAGAGCCUGAAAAACCUAAAGAAGCUGUGAAAGAACCUCCGAAAAAAGCUAAAGAAGCUGUGAAACAACCUCCAAAAGAAGACGUAAAAGUGGCACAAAAAGAACCUGUGAAAAAAGCCAAACCAACAGAAAAGCACAGACAUAUGCCUCUGAAGAGAAUAGCGCCAGCAACACCUGAAAAGGUCGAAAAACCCGCCAAAGAGCCACCAAAAGAAGCUAAAACACCAAAAGAAGCUAAACCUGCACCAGAAAAAACUGCGAAAGACACUAAACCAGUGGAGAAACAUAGACACAUGCCUCUUAAAAGAAUAGAGCCAACACCGAAGAAAGAAAAGGAAGAACCAAAAGCCAUAGAAGAACCGCCCAAAGCCGAAACACCACCAGAAAAGAAGGCUCCUUCCUACAAGUUGAAGCCCAAACGUGUCCCUAUCUCCAAAGAACCACCUUACAAGCUCAAACCCAAGAAACUUGCAGGAGAGAAGCCCAAGAAAGUAAAGAAAGUCAAACCGGUUAUGAUUAAGAAAGUUGUAGCUGAACCUAAGAAGAUCGCCAAGGCUGUCAAACCGCCUCCACCCCAAGCCAAGCCACGAGCCAAGAAAGUUAGUUUAGAGCAGUAUUCCAAGAACAAGCAAGAAGGUACUGGCUGA